CUUUUCGCUUAGUUUACCUACUUGGGUAUUAAAGUCACUAGCCGCUAUUACUACAUUGGAGCGCCUAGCUUUUCGGAGAAUGACGGAAAGCUUUCUGUAAAACUCAUCUUUUAUAUCAUCUGGGCUGCAGUCAGUGGGCAGAGACGACGAAGAGGCAAUGACGAGUGUCCUAUCUUGCCGAGUCCUUAAUGUUCCGUGCAGUCUAGUCUUACACUAGAUUGGCAACGAGAGUAAAUCAUCAAAAUACAAAGCAGAGAAUAAUAAAUAAUAUCCACAGGAGUAGAAACCCAAACAUAAGAAAUCCUGUUCAUGAGUUUCUAUUGUCUCAUCGUUAAUAUUCACGACUACGUUUGGGUCUUUGUUAGCAUGUGUGUAUCCUUAGUGGAUUGCCCAGAUAUAACCUUUUUGUCACAGAUUGUUGCUAGCAAUAGAGUUAGGAAGACGUGUUUCGUGCUAUUUGUGACUCGUCAGCUGGGUGUACCUGCGUUCCAGUACCAAUGGCUUUGAACCCCGACACGUAACCUACUGAGUCCAGGUAGCUACCAAAUUUGAUCACUGGUUAUGAUUUUCGUUUGCGAGACCGGAUUAAAUUUCAGUCGGUCUUGAAUAUCGACAACGGAGUAGGAAGAACUUAUGGAUAAACAUUAUGUUCUUUGAACAAGCUGGGGAAUAUCUGUAUGCAAUAAUAUACAGUUCUAAACUACAGAUAACUCGAUAAAGUCUAUUUGGUAUGUUCCCAACCAUUAAUGCACAUAACGCUACAACGUUAAAAUGCAUUAUCCUUAAAAUUAAGGGACCAUUUGUUGUUUUACUGAAAAUGGUCAAAAUUUUUGUGCAUUUAUGUUAACUACAGUGUUCCAAAUAUAUUUUAGUUUUCAGUCAAACAUUUAUUGGAUAAGUUGCGUUAUUCUACGAUAAAUGUAAUAGUAAGUUUACAUAAUGUUAUGGAAACUGUUACCAAUUUGUCGUACUUAUUUUUUUCAUAGGUUUGUUUUGGUGCAUGUGUUUGCCCAUUCUUGUUUUUCAAUGUAAUUCGUUCUCGAUGGCUUCAACUACUGACCGUUUGUCUACGAUGGAUUGGUUUUAUUUUGAUGUUGAGUCUUUCAAUUGAAAGAGCUAUUAUUCUGCACAAAAAUAUUACAGUUGCAUCGUUUCACCAUAAUGUUAGUAUGUAUUGGAAUCCUUCAAUCUAUUCACUACUUACAAAAUCUGAACCAAUACCAAAACCGCCAGCCUUUCAACCUCAAAAUAUUCCAAGUUUAUUCGGAGUUUGUGUGUACGUAUUUAUGUGUCAUCAUUCCAUACCUGGUAUUGUAACUCCUGUUAGAAAUAAGAGUAAAAUAUUAUGUAGAAUAUUUAUACCUGUUUUCAUUACAGUUCUAUCGUUUAACCUCUUAUUAUCUACUACAGCUAUCAUUGCAUUUGAUCAUAUUGAAGAUAUUUACACAUUGAAUUUUCUACCGAAUAAUGAAUUUAUUGACAUAUCACAAAUUCCUUAUACAUUAGCUUUGGUAAUAGGUUAUUUUUUAUGUUUAUUUCCUGUGUUUGCGUUGACUUCAUCGUUCCCAAUAGUUGGCACUAGUUUACUUGGAAACAUUUUUUCUUUAUGUAACUUCUUCUCUGUAUUCAAAAGUGAUCAAGCUCAAAAAAUUUUGAAGUACACAUUACCAUUUGUUGUGUUAUUGCCACCUUUAGGGAUUUCAUUAAUAACUCAUAAUGUUGGGUAUUUGACUGGUUUUACCGGGGCAAUUUUUGGCUCAGGUAUACAGUAUAUAAUACCAGCACUGUUAGUAUUUAAAGCACGUCAAUACUUUACACACUGCGUCACUUUGAAAGAAUCUAAUCUUGAAACAACAACAGAUCUACAGCAAAAUGAUACGGCAUCGGCAACUGUUGGUGAUGAAAUGACACAACCAACUUCCAGCAAUAGUGGCAUGGAGAAUGAGAAUAUCAUAUGUAGCUCAACAGAUCAUACAACAACACCACAUUCUGUUUCAAUUAUAAGAAAAUGUUCCACCCAUCAUUUAUUACCUAUUCCAAUGCAUGCAUCACCGUUUCAGCACUUUUUCUGGAUAACAAUAAUAAUAAUUUGGGCUUUAUUUUGUACUAUCAUUGUCCUCAUUGACAAAAUACAUCAUCUUUAAACACGUUUCUUAGGAUUUAAUUUUUUCUGAAAAAUUCAAAUGUUUUAUCCCUCUUUAUCAGAAGCUCUUUGUUGAUUUUGGUUACUUCUACUGAAUCCUAAUAAUAAUUUGAUAUUUUUAAUAAACUGAUUAAAUCAUACAUAUAUUACACACUUAACCAUGUGUUUCGAUGUUGUCUAAUUGUAAUAUUUUUACCUUUCAACUAUUAGUAAGUCGACCACUUAUAAGUAAUUUUAAUCCAACCAACGUAAAAAUUGAUAUCCAUGUAGAGAAUUUUUUUAAAAAGUGUAUACUUUCUUGUGAGUAACCAAUUUUUCAACGAAUGUAUACUAUUUUUAUAGUUGAAAUCAUGGGUCAAUUGAAGCUAGACCACCAUCGAAAACCUGGAAGCACUGGACGGCCGUUUCGUC